CAACGCGCGCGCCAUCCCAUUCGAACCAACUGUCUUCGAACCAUACCGUCCGAUUCUUGAAGUUAAGUCGACGUCCGGGCGCCAUUCCCACAGGCGGCCGACGUCUACUUCGCCAUGCGCUCACCCGCCUUUCCCCCGAGGCGCCCGUCCCAUCUUAUACGAUAUAUUUUCCCAGCUUUACUCCUCUUGGCCCUUUUCUAUUAUCUGUCCAACAAACCCGAAGUUUCAGAUGUUCCAAGUACACAUUUAAGCCCUGGCCAAGGCUCUUCCAAGAUACCACCGCCUUCCCCUCCUAAGAAGAACGAGUCGCCUGAGCCUGUGAAUCAGCCUAUAAAAACCCCACCAUCGAACCAAAAACCCGUACAUGAGAAUACAGAAGGAGUCAGCGACUCUAUCCACGAUUCGGAUUCUACACCCGUUAAACCGGUCCAACCCACCCCGCCGAAACCCAGCGCGGUCCACCCGAUUGACGAGCUCAUUAAGGCCGCCGACAAAGACUUUAAGGAUAUGCUUGCUAAGGAGUCGAGCACCCUCGCUGAAGCCGCCCAAGCCUAUCGCAAGCGUCGCGGCCGACAUCCACCUCCUGGGUUUGACAAAUGGUACGAAUUUGCUAAGGAUAACAAAGCUGUCCUGGUAGAAGACUUCUUCGACCAAAUUUACCAUGACUUGAGUCCUUUCUGGGGCUUAGAUGCCACCUCGAUUCGCAACGAGGCUAUGGGCUACGAGAUGGUCAUAAAUGUGCGCAACGGCAAUGCGAGCGCAGAAAGUGACUGGUUUUGGACGCAGAUCUGGCUUGAUAUGAUCCAGACCAUUGAACACCUGCUACCCGAUAUGGACAUAGCUUUAAAUGCUAUGGAUGAACCUCGACUUGUUGUGCCGUGGGAGGACAUAAAUGCUUAUAUGAAGAAAGAAAAACAGAGCCGAGUCCUUAGUCCAGCCAAAAGCAUCAUUGCUGAAUUUCAAAAACUGCCGCCUCCUGCUGGGCACGAUGAUAAGUCCCUCCAUACGGUUGAUAAGGAUUGGGAAGAUACAAGUCCGUACUGGCUGAUCGCCCGUCGAGGUUGCGCUCCUGAUAGUCCCGCUCGGAAGCAAUCCACGCUGACUUCCUACGACAACAAGCCCAACUUUGCGCCGUCAUGGGCAACCCCCCACCAAUACCAGGGCUAUGUAUCUAACUCGACUCUCUCGUCUGAGUUUUGCCACCAACCUGAUCUACAGGGUCUCGAGGGCAUCUUUAUCCAACCUUUAACUACGUCUGCUACGAAGGUCCUCUUUCCAAUGUUCGGGGGAAGCAAGCUGGCUACCAACAAUGAGAUUCUCCUCCCUGCUCCUAUGUAUUGGAAUGAGGAGGAGCGAUUCACUGGAGGGGAUGACCACGGUCCUUCAUGGGAUAACAAGAUUGGUCCUCUAAUUUGGCGUGGUGUGGCCACCGGUGGUCGCAAUAAUGAGUCGAACUGGAAGGGGUUCCAACGCCACCGAUUUGUCUCCAUGAAUAACGGAACGAAACUAGCGAGCGCCGAGGAAGGAUCGGAAGAUCCCAUCAAUUUCGAGCUACCCCAUGCUUCUUAUAACCUCGCGGCGCAGAAGGAAAAGCGACUUGGCUCUUGGGUUUCGGAAUGGUCCGACGUAGGAUUUACCGAUCUAUUCUGCGAUCCCGAGGUGGAACCGCCCCAAGAGGAUGGGCACUGCAUUUAUACCGACGAACACUACGAGACGGUACUCGGCCAAAAGUUGGCAGUUCAAUUUUAUUAUAAAUAUCUCCCAGAUAUAGAUGGAAACUCGUUCUCGGGGCGCUAUCUAGGUUUCCUGCGAAGCACGAGUUUACCUAUCAAGAGUACAUUGUGGCGUGAAUGGCACGAUAGCCGCUUAGUUGCCUGGAGGCACUUCGUACCGAUGGAUAAUCGUUUCGGUGAUUAUUAUGGCAUUAUGGAAUACUUCCUUGGUUAUGAGGACAGUAUCCCUGGCCAUGAUGACGUUGCUAAGAAGAUCGCGAUGGAUGGAAAAUCAUGGGCAGAGAAGGUGCUGAGAAAGGAGGACAUGCAGAUUUAUGUCUUACGAUUGCUGCUCGAGUAUGCUAGGAUUACAGACGACCGAAGAGAGAAUAUGGGUUGGGUGGAUGAUUUGCUCACGUGAGGGUAGCAAUAGGAUGGGUGCUUUGGAAGUGGUUAAGUGCGAUGCAUACCCCGGGGCGACGAGCUAUAUUGUACAACAUCGUCGAUUUACCAUACCAGGGCGGCGUUCAGGUGGUUUAACGGCAUGGAAAUGCUGGCAUAUGUGGGAAUGGGACACAUGAGCUCAAGCAUGUGGUGGUCGAUUGGCUUAGGGCAACUGGCGUUAGGUGGUGUAUUUCAAGACAAAAUACGGAGGUUUCUGCCUUCGUUUUUUCAAUAGUAAAUAAUAAGCAUCCUGCUAC